UCACUGUUCCAAUGUUUUUGGAAGGAAGCAUACAUUUGCACUGUGUUCUUGUUCAGAGAGACUUGGGAAGAGUGUGCUCAAAGGGAGGUGCUCGAGGAAGCUGGCCUGCAUUUGGUGAACAUCCGUUUUGCCUCUGUGGUGAACUCCAUCAGACUGGAGGAGAAAUAUCACUAUGUUGACAUCAUUAUGCAAGGAGAAUUGGACAGGAGGCGAUCCACAGAGCCCCAGAACUUGGAACCCGAGAAGAACGAGGGCUGGAUGUGGACACGGUGGGACGAGUUUCCUCCUGACGACCAGCUCUUUUUGCCGCUGGCUCAUCUGCGAGCACAAGGAUAUCAGCCAUUCACAAGCACAGAAGGAGAAACUGUCAAUUUAUAAAUUACAUUUUUGUACAUGCAUUUCCCAAUGUGACGAAAUGCAUCCGCCACCAUCAUAAAAAACAUUUCCUUUGAAUCGAUAAAGAGGCUGGCAUCACUCAAAAA